CUUAUUUAAGUCAAUUUCGAAUGUACAUGCCAUACAAUGCCAGAGACUAUGUAUAAAUGUUUAUAGAUGUCCUUAACAUUAGUCUAUUUAUUAUAAUAUUUUUCUAGGCUAGUUUACGUAAUGCAAUACCCUUUCUUCAAAAAUGUUUAUCCUUUUCAUCUAGUUCGAAUAGGUAAAGUCAAUACUAGGAAAUUUAGAAUAUGAUUGCGCUGUUUGUUCUAAUUUUAGGUAUCAGUUUUUGGUUUACAACGCGUCAGUUAUUUACUACAACUAUAUUCGACCAUUUUUACGUGAUACAUAUCGACAAUAUUUAUGCGAUAGUUUAAGAGAAGUUGUUGAUACUCUGACAACAAUCAAUGAUCCGGAUAUUUUAUGGCGUGCACAAUUAUUAUUAGAAAUUCAUCAAACAGUAUCGACUGAUCGUGAACAAAUGAAAAAUGUAUUUGAUCGUAUAAUGGCUUAUCCUCAACGAAGUGCUGUUCGAGGUCAGACAGCUAGAUACGAUUAUUUAAAUACAAAUACUCCAAGAGAUAGAUCUGUUCAAUUUUCAAAUGUACCAUCAAGAGACAACGAAAACAUACUAGCAGGAGAAACAAGUCAAUCAAAAAAUAUUGAUGGGAGUCGUACUACAUCCACUCAGAAGAAGGAUUUGAACUUGACGCCAUCAACAUCGUUGACACAACAAGAAAAACAUAGUUUAUUGUUGGAACUUGGACGUCUCUCAUUAUUAAUUCAUUAUACCGAUUUAACCAAAGUUGUUAUAGAUGCAUUAAUGACAAUUCGAUUAAAAGAAGCGGAUCGACAUUUAGAAGUAACACUACUUCAAGCAGAUUACUUAGUUAAACAUUUGGGUGAAAAUGAAGAAACAUACAUUAAAAGUUCAUUCGAUACUCGUAUGCGUGCUAUUGAAAUGUGUGAAGAAUCACUAGAAACACUAUUUCGUAUAUCUCAAUCUGAUUUAAUUCAAACGGCUUGUAUCUACAUUUGGAAUUUAUGUUUACCCUUAUUACAAACAAAUUUAAGAAAUAAAAUACGAAAACCAUUGACAACAAUAGCAAAUAUUUUGGAAAAAUUGCAAAGUUUAAAUUGGCAAUUACGAAGUCAAUUACACUUUGAAUUAGCAAAAAUCGAAGAAGAUAUUGAACAAUUAGAUUCAGCUAAAACAAAUCUUUUAAAGGCUCGUACAUUAGAUGAUCAUGAAGUCUAUACUGAACGUAUUAAUUUGGCUUUAGAUCGAUUAAAUGUACGUACCGAAUUAUAUAAACGUCCAGAUUCAGAUGAAGACAAAGUAGCUAUGAUUAUAGAACAAGCUGGAAAAGCAAGUGUUGGUGCUAAGUCAAAUCAACGUGCUCUACUUAUUGAAGCAUGUAAUUUACUUGCACCAGACGCAUUUAAUGUGGUAUUAGACAGUGAAAAUCCAAAUGCUAUUGGAAAAAUUCGUGCUAAUCCAACAGCACAAUUAAAAGGUUUUGCUGAACAUUAUGAAAAAUGUUUACAAAAUACUGUACACUAUGAAAGAAUUAUUGGAGAAACAAAUCAGGAUAAACGUUUGAAAUUGUGGGCUGAUUUAACUAUGAUUGCACGAAAACAAGAAAUAUGGGAUAUUUGUCGAACAGCAGCUCGUUUCUGUCUCUUACAUGAUACAGAUGAAAGACGAAAAUUAUUUUCAGAACAAACCGAAAAUAGUACAGCUGACAAAGAUGCCUCAUCUCUAUCUUUAUUUCAACGAGAUUUACUAAGAAUAUUGGCUGAGGUUCAUUUUAUUGCAGGAGAAGCACAAAUCGAAUUUAUUCGUAGUCGUGGUGUUGAACUAUUUGAUGUUCCGGUACGUCCACCCAUGCCAACUGUUCCCUCCGCAAGUAAAGUACAAGCACAAUUAGAAUCAGACAAUGAUUGGAAACAUUACUGUCAAUGGUUGAACAAUCUUUCAACAAAAGCGUGCAAUCAUUUUUCUCAAGGUGCUAACAUUGGCGUUUUACUAGCGGAAAGUUGGUUAAUCUGUUGUGCUGGUGAAUAUUUAUGGAAUUAUAAUCGACAUUUAUUUUAUUCGGAUAGACAUCGGAUAAUUAUUGAACAAUUAGUCAAUGUUGUCAAUGCUUUAAGAAAAGUUGGACAUGAAAGAGAAAUUCUUCUCGUUGUUAAUCUGUGUGUAGCAUUAGCUACUGCCUACAUUAUUCCAACACUGAAACCAGAAAUGGUUGAACCACCGGCAGAUGUACAAACAACUCCGGAAAAACCAAUUGUUGGAAAAAAAGGUGCCGGACAAAAAGAUACUAAAACAGAACAAAUACAACCGUCAUCAACAGCAAAAACUGAUGAUUUAAAAACAGCUUUAGAAAUAUGUGAAUAUGCUAUAAAUCGAACGAAUGGCGAACAUUCACUGGAUAUAAUUUCAAUUAAAGAUCGUCAACCAGUACUGCAAUUGUGGAUAACAAUAAAACAACUUUUACAGCAAAUACCAAAGAGUACAGUUAUUCUAGGAGAUGAAGAUGAUAAUCCAUCCAGUCAAAAUACAUUGAGUCGGGCUGUAUUAGCUGUUGAUGCUUUAUCCCGUUUAGAUAGUGGGUGGUCCGAUUAUAAAGAUGGUCUCGAUUUGAAAAAGACUGUAUCAUUUGUUGGUAGUUGUUCAUGGCCCGAUUCGUUAAUUGAAUUACAAUUAUGGUGUCGUCUAUCAAUAAUUGGAAAUCGAGCAAAUGAUGUUGAAGUAACAAAUUUGUGUCGUGAUAAGGCCCGAGAAAUAAUAACACUGUUUCAAACAAAAAAAGUUGACAAAUUUCAAUUAUCGUUAGCCAAUGAAUAUGUUGGACGAGCGUGCUGUGCACAUGCUGAAUGUCUUAUGAAAACUAUUGCUGGACAAAAGCAAGAUAGAAAAGAGGCACUGGGUAUAUUCGCUGAAGCAGCAAGUUAUGCAUCAAAAGCUGAACUGUACGAAUUGACGAUGCAUAUUGCUCGACAUUUUUGGAAUAAUUGUCGUCCGAUGAUACAACGAAAGCUCGAAAGAUGUUUAUUGAUGGAUUUGUUGAAUGAAUUAAAUCAUUAUAUUAAUUCUGUUUCUCCAAAGUCAUUAGCUAAAGAUUCAAAAGAUGAUCAGAGUAAAAUUAAUUCGGGUACUGAUAAAUCACAGGAUGUAAAAUCAACGAAAUCGAUAACAAAUGGAAAGAAAUCUGUUAGUGAUUCAUCUACAACCACAACACUAAAAAAAGAGAAAAGUCAAGUAGCUAACAUUGUAGAGGAAGAAGUGACCGCUAAACAAGAUGAUGAUGCAGCUGUUCGAUCGGCAUUUUAUGGAGUUCUAAUUCAAGUUUAUGUUGAUAGGCAUCAAUGGACCACAGCCAUUGAUGUAAUGGAUCAAGCACUAUCAGUAUUACCUCGUACAAAACAUCGACUUAUCAUUUAUAAAUAUCGAGUAUUAAUCAAAUCAAAACUAGGAUUAUCUAUCUCUAUGGAUAUUCAAAAGUUUCGAGAAGAAGGAGAAUCAUCACUAGCUAGAAUGUGGAGACAUGUUGCUCUUAUGGCUAAAACACGUAAUGCUGUCAUUCAAGCAUAUCAAAAUGCAAUUGGCACAUUACAAUCUCAUGAGACAUAUUGGCAAAAAAUAGAUUAUAUUAUUGAAUUAGCAUGUUGUUUAUACAGUAACGAAUACUUGAUAGAUAAUGCUGUUGAUUUAAUUGAUUGGGCUAUUGAUCUUUUAAUGACUUCAGAAAGAGCAUUAAAAGAAGAACAAACAAAUGAAAAUGGAGCUAAUGUUGAAGCAGGACAACAUUCUAAUAUGUCAAACAAACGUGAUACUCAAAUGGGUGAAGCUGGAAGUUUACCUGAUAUGGGUCAUAUUGGUCCAACAAAACCUUCUGCUCAAAUAUGUAGAAGAAACAGACCAGAAUAUGUUGAAUAUUUACAAAAAGCAUAUUGGUUUAUUAUGAGAUUAUGGCAGUGUGGUUUAAAUGAUUGUAUUGAAAUAACUAAACAAGUCGAACUUGAACAGCAGCAACAACAGGGGAAUUUUUUGAAAGUAGAUACAAUAACAGAUUCAAAAGCACGUAAAAAAUCUCCGAAAGUUGAGAAAAAAUCAGAGCAACCGGCUAAAGGAGCGGGAGGAAGCAAACCGGGUGAUAAAACUGUACAGAGUAAACCAGUGAUCGAAACGUCAACUUCAAAAAGUCUAAUAGAUUGGGCACUGUAUUUACCGAACGAAGACACGUUAGCCACCUUUGCACUUCCAACAGCUAAACAACGUGGUAUUAAUCGAAAUACUAUAUCGAAACCAUUAUUAUCAUUUUAUUAUUUUGAUAUGCUAAUAAAUCUUUUACGUGAAUAUGGUUUUAAUCAUUUUUGCUUGCCAAUACUCAGUUUAAUGCGUCUAAUUGGACAUUCCAUAGUUCAAAGCGCAGCUAUGAAAACUUAUGUUCUUUUACGAAUUCAACAAGUUUGUCAAGAAUUAAAUUUAAUUGAUUCAAUGCAGCAAGUAGCUCUUUUAGCACGACCAUAUGGAAUCAAAGAAGAAGAUUUGGCAACUUCUCGUUCUGAAAUGCUUAUUUACACAAAAUUACUUGUUCAACAAACCGAAGAAGAGGCGCAAUUUGAAACAAUGAUUGGUACAAGAAGUGAAGCUAAGUCUUAUGCAACAUCAGCAUAUUCAAAUAAAAAUUCUUCUACACUCGCCGCUACUGAUGAUAAAUCAAUAAUAUCGUGCGAAUUACCUGGUGAUAAACAGACAUUAAAUAAAUUAAUUCUUAGAAAUAUUUGGUUACAAACAGCACAAAUUCUAUUUGAACUCAACUAUAUUCAUGAAGCAAAAGAUGUUUUACAAGAAGUUCUAAAAAGUGCAAAAAUAUACGAUGAUAGUAUAACGGAGAAAAAAGCGUGUGUACUACUAGGUGAAAUUGCUUUACAUGAAAAACGAUUCGAACAAGCGAUUGAAUUAGCCAUACAAGGACAAAAAUUGCCAAUAGAUGAAACUCAUUGGUUUCGUUCUGUAGCGGUAAUUUCUGAUGCUUUAGCACAACAGAAUACAUUGGACGAUUCGUAUGCUUAUAAAAAAAGGAAAGCCAUUUUAGAAACAGCGAUUAAACGUUUAGAAACUAUUGCACAAUUAAAGAUAAAUAAAGUUUAUAGUAUUGCUUAUGCUGCUUCACUUUUAACAGCAAGAAAAAAUCAAUUAUUACAUUCGUUAAUAUUGACAAAAUGUACCGAUUCUCUCGAUAAUUCAAUGUACUACAGUUUUCAAGAAAUUAUUCAACGUAACGAUAUAAUAUAUGAUAAUUUAUUGGGUCUUAAUCAUGAAUUUGAUGCAGCUGAAAUAAUGUUAAAAUCAAUUGAAAUUAUUCGAAAACUUGCACAAGAUUCACGCACUAAUGGGCAAAAACGAAAUUAUUUGAUCGAAAUAGCACCGAUGCAAUUUCCAAUUCAACGUCAACUGGUUCAAAUUCAACUAAAUUUAAGCUCAAUAUUUAUCGAUCUAUUAGAAAUAUACGCAUGGGAUUGUUUGCAAGAGAGAAAAAGACGAAAAUAUACGAAUGCUGUUAAUUUAGCUGUUGAAGAUUUUGUUGAACAAGAAAAAACAGUUGAAACUGAUACAAUAAAAUGGAAAGAAAUAGCAAAAAUAUUACCAGACAAAUUAACUGUAUCACUUAUGAGUAUUAUGGAGUUAAGUGGAGGCGGUAGUGAUAAACCUGUUAAAGCAAAGGUUCUAUUUUAUUUGGGGAAAGUAUAUUCGAUACUUGGACAUAAUUUUGGCAUAGAAUAUCCAUUAGAAUGGCAACCAAAAAUAAAAGAUAUAUUAUCAAAAAUGGCUGAAGUUGUUGAAAAACCAUCAUCUAAAGCAAAAUUACGUAAUGAAUCGGUGGAUUCUAAAUCGAGUAUAUUGAAUCAAACGUCACCUGUUAUCGAAAAUGAAAAUGAAUUACGUUCAAUUAUAUUACAACAAAAAGAAGAGUUAAAUAAUUCAUUGCAAUUGUUAGGACAGUCUAUGGAAUGUUGUUUACAAUCACUUAACAUCGCUCUAACAAUUCAAGAUAAAGAACUCAUUCGUGAUACAAGUCUUCUAUUAUGUGAUACCAUUGGACAAUUUGAUCCAGUGAACAGUAUCAUUUAUUUAGCACUAAGUCAAAGUGCAUCAACAUCUUUAUAUACCGAAUCGGUGCUAAGACGUUCAUGUUCAAUUCCAAGUAAUUCGGAACUAUCAUCUCUUUUGAAAAUGAUCGAUCGUAUUAAACAACAACAAAUAUUAUCGAAUUCACAAUAUGGACUUGUUCAACGAAAUAUUACAGAAACACUUAAAACUUCCAGUCCAUGGAAAUUUAUGACAAUUAAAUCUCAAUAUUAUGAAUUAACAAAAGAUAUGCCAACAUCAUUUAAUUACGUUAUUUUACAACAUUCGACUACUGGAAAUCAUUUAUAUGCAUCAAUCUUUAAUAAGUCAAAAUUGACGCAAACAGCCAGUAAAACAAGUGGAGGAAAAGGCACAGGAGGUCAAGUACAACAGGCUAGUGGUAUAGUAAUACCUCAAAUAAUAAAAGUUGAAGUUGAUCGAGAAAAAUUUAUUGAACUAAUACAAGAAUUUGAUAAUUGGAAGUACGACUAUCAACAAUGUUUGCAACGUUACGAAGCAAAAAUUGUACAUAAAGCAGCAAAACAGACAAUGUUAAAUUCAGAACAAGCUGAAACAGUUGAUACGACUACAAUUGAAGAUUUUAAAUCUCGUUUUGACAACCUUCUUAAAGCAAUGAACGACUAUUUUACACCUAUAUCAUCACUUUUCACUGGUUAUUUAGACAUUGAUAAAACAUAUGAUUUGAGAUCACAAAUUAGUCCAGAUAAUUUAAUUCUACUUCUUGAUCCAAUAUUAACCCGUUUACCAUUGGAAGCAUUAGAAAUAUUUAAACAUGUUCAAAUUGGAAUCGACGAACCAAUUGAUGAAAGCAAAAAGAAAGACAAGAAAGAAAAAGAGCCUACUGAAAAUGUUGAAAUACAAACAGUUGAUCCUGCUAAUGUGUUUUAUUUCACCGACCCAGCUAUUUUCCAAGCAAAAGCUGAGAGUAACAAUAAAAAUCCAAGUGUAUUUGAUAUUCUUCGUCAGCGUUUUCCACAGUUAGUUGCAAAAUGGAAAACAAUCAAGCAGGAGAGUUCAGCAUUAAAUAUUUCUGAAAUUGAACGGGCUACAAACGAUGGAUCCGGACUAAUCUAUUAUGGUUCAAAUACAUUCAAUAAUCUAAUUGGUCAUUAUAAAAUACCAAAUAUUUCUAAAGCAGGGUGUUCCGUAAUAUGUUCAUUCGAUCGUACAUCAACAAGUUCAAGUUUUGUUAAUGAAACGAAUCGUAACACAAUUCAAAAUUGGAAUGAAAUUCAAUUAGAUCGUUCAACGGAAAAUGCUCUGUUAUUAAGUUGUGGCGCAUUUAAAUUAAUUUUACAAAAUCAGUGGACAGCUACGCUAAAUGAGAAUGAAACUUCAAUUAUAAAUACAUUCACAGAUGUUGCAACGUUAAAAUGUUCUUUGGGACAAGCUCUACGUUUAACUGUCUAUCCUUAUUUUCGUCCUGUUGAAGCAGAUACAACGACUGAGAAAAUGAAUGAUAAGAAAAAAGUAGCGACAGCAAAAGGUGGAAAACGUUCGCCAUCACCAAAAAGUGGAUCCAAAACUAAAGGUUCAGAUGCAGCAAAAAAAAAACAACGAUCACCUUCGCCUAUCAAGACAGAAACAAUCGACGAAAAUAUUCCAGAACAGCGUCAACGUCCGCCUAUAGAACUAAAAACCAUAAAUCCAGUCAUCUAUGGUUUGCCAAAUUAUACAUUUUUACCUUGA